AGUGAGAAGGGACCUCAGGACAAGGAGACACCAGGCAGGGCUCUGCAAGAAAGCAGAUCGAAGGGACCGUACGAGAGCGAAGAAAGUCGGACGGACUCGGAAGCAUGGAUCAGCAGCAGCCAAAGAAAGGGAAGAAGGCCUUGGUUUCCCCCAUCAAGCGACUGGUUUUCCCCAAAUCUGCCCGUCGUUCCGCCGCCAGGAACAGCAGCUAUCGGCGCCCCCUGCACUCGGUGCCUGUCAUGCCUCCUGACUUUUUGCUGGACCCCCAAAUCCUCUUGCAUGACUACGUGGAGAAGGAGGUCAAGUUUUUAGGUCAUCUGACGUGGGUUGUCUCCUCUCUCAACCCAACCAGUCGAGACGAAGUUCUGCAGCUUCUGGACACAGCGAGGCAACUGAAAGAGCUGCCGCUACACUGCACGCCGGAGCAGGACAGCAUCCUCAGCAUGUCGGCUCGCAGCCUCCUUCUGACCUGGAGAGACAACGAGGAGCUGAUUCUACGUAUUCCUACCCACGAGAUCGCCGCCGCAUCCUACGUCAGAGAUGACGCUCUACACCUGCUGGUCCUCAAAACAGGACUAGGAUUAGACCCGGUGCCUGCCGCGGGAAGUUUGGAGAGAAAGCCGCCGGCUGGAGCUUCCGAUAGAGGGAAAGGAGCAGACAAGACCGGCCAAAAACCUGCAGGAGGUGCCAUGGAGCGGCGGCACACGAUCUGCAGCUUAGACUGGAAAAACGCGCAUGGCUCUCCGGACGGACGCCCCAAGGGAGGAGGCAGUCUGGAGAGGAAACAAGUUAGCGGCAGUUGGGAAAAGAGACGAGGAGGACCUGCAUGUGGCAGCUGGGAGAGAAGGAUGACAUUCAGUGGCAGCUGGGAGAGAAGGCAGCCAUGCGGGGGCAGCUGGGAGAGAAGACAACCAAGCGGAGGAAGCUGGGAGAAAAGGCAGCCACGUGGAGGCAGCUGGGAGAGACGGACACCUUUUGGGGGCAGUUGGGAGAGAAGGCAGCCUGGUGGGGGUAGCUGGGAGAGGAGACAUGUUGGGCAAAAUCCUCUGGAUCCAAAAGAACCAAGACCAGAUGCCUACUGCAACUUGAUCAUCCUGGCUGUGGAGAACAGGGACGCGGCAGAGGAGACCUGCGCUCUCAUCUGUCAAGUUUUUCAAAUCAUUUAUGGAGACCAAAGCAUCGAAUGUGUGGACCGGGCCGGGUAUCACUACACAUCCCCUCCUGAAAGGCCGUGGAUUUGCAGAUGCGACAGUUCACACACUGAUGGGACAUUUGCUUACGAUGCAGAUUUCAGCUGCUGCAGCUCCUUUAACGGCUCCCACGAUACCUUCGAGGUGGAUUUUAGUGGGGACUCCACUCCUUCGUUUGCCGUGUCCCGGCAGAGCCUGGCAUCCGCCGGCAGUGAGAGUGAGCAGAGCGGAGUGGCCCUGGAGCAGCUGCAGGAGUACAUGAUAACCUUGCGGAAUAAGCUGUCACCUGUAGAGAUCCACCGCUUUGCGUGUCUGCUGCGAGAAUACCGUCUGGGAACGGACGUGCAGGAAUACUGCCAGGAACUGCUCCACCUUUACGGGGACAGCCGGAAAUUCCUUUUACUGGGCCUCCGACCAUUCAUACCAGACAUGGAUAUUGGGUACUUUGAGAGUUUCCUGGAAAGCAUUGGAAUUCGGGAUGGGGGGAUUCUGACCGACAGCUUUGGGAGGAUCAAAAGAAGCAUGAGCAACACCUCCGCCACGGCAGUGCGCAACUACGACAGCUGCUCCCCCAGCUCCUACUCAAACUCCUUCAAUCGGAUGAUGACGGACAUUACACAUAACAUCGAGGCUCUUGCUCAAGAUGAUGAGGACUACCUGUGAACAAAGACCCUACGACUCCUGUUACAUUUACAGGAUGCUUCACUGGAGAGCAUCCAAUCCCAGGGAACUCUCAUAACACCUAUAUUCUGUAUUUCCAUACGCUGCUCUUGUAUCUGGGAAGAAACUUUUUUUCCAUUUUUAUCUCCAGCGCAUACAGAAUCCUAAAGAUCUUGAAUGUUGAGGAGUUUCAUCCAUCACGCAGGGCUCAUCAAAGCACCUGUCCCAGCGGCACCGAUCAUGUCCCACGGAUGGAUGCCACUUCCAGAAAAUCCUGUUGACGGCGUCCGCUCCUCUCUCAUAUUAUUCGUUACUAAUAACCGAGAUACUCCAUGAGUAUAGAUUCCCAAUUCCUGCAAUUUCCGAGGACUCUGAGCCGGCGCACGAGUUCCAGUGUUUUAUUGUAAAUAAAUGAUUCCAAAAUAUUUUACA